AUGGCAGAGGUCGGGCUGAGGCUGGGCGGCGGAGUUUACCGACUGUCCGCCCUGAGGACCAGCCACAGUCGACCCGUGAUCCCCGGCCGAGGCCCCGGGUCUCUGCCGGUGAUCUGCCCCGUCAGUGAGAGCCGGAUGGAGGGGGAGUCCGACCGGGAUCCAGGUGAGGAUCAGCCGGUGUCGGAGAGCAGAGCUGCAGGACACAGCUCAGAGAGAGUUCACAGAGGGAGGAGAAGUCAACAGCAACAGGAUAACAGACGUUUGCUCUGUCCAUUGUCUCUGGAGCUGGAUUCAUCACAAUUUGUUGGGUUUGUUCAUACAAGAGUGAGGGUCCAGGCUCAGAAACCAAGUCUGUACCACCCUGCAGGACCACUUCCGCUCCUGCAGGAGAAGCUGCUGCCUUGUAGGAUGACCCCCUGGACCAGAGGAGCUGUCUCCACCCGCCCUGACACCUUCAGGUCUCAUCAGCAGCUCCGAGCUCUCUGCACUGUCAUCUUCAUCCUGGCGGAGCAGGAAUCAGAGAGGCCAGGCUGUGCACAGAGACUGAGACGACUGAAACUACAACCUAACCCAUGCACAGCAACUAGGAGCUACAGCUGGAGGAGUGACAGAAGCUCCAAGGAUGCUCCUCUGCACAGAAGCAGGACGGCCUAUUACGAUAUCCUCAAAGUGACCCCUGGUGCCACUCAGUCCCAGAUCAAGACAGCCUACUACAAGCAGUCCUUAAUUUACCACCCCGACAAGAACCAGGGGAGCAAGGAGGCCUCCCAGCGAUUCACUGAGAUCAGUGAGGCUUACACCGUGCUGGGCAACACCAGCCUGAGGAUGAAGUACGACCGGGGCUUCCUGAACCAGGCAGACGUCCAAAGUGCAGGACGACCGUCGGUCAAAGAUGCGGCGAGCAGAUCCACUGCCUCCUCACAGCAGAGGCAUCAAGACACAGCCAGGAAGUUCUCCCAGGCCAGAGGGAAGACCAUGUAUGAUUUUGACGCCUUUUAUCAGGCUCACUACGGCGAGCAGCUGCAGAGAGAGAAGGAAAUGAGAGCCAGGAAGGAGCGCAUGGAGGAGCAGCGGAGGAAGAAUCUGGACAGGUGGAGGCAGGGGAAGAUGUUGGAGAUAAGUGUAGUGAUGCUGCUGGCGCUGGCUGGGAUGUUAUUUGUGAAUCUCAGCAGGCCCUGAAAUAGAAGCAGCGAGCGCACGUGGCCCUCUGGGGUUACAUGUUACGACUCCGGGGGGGAAAGAUGGAGGGGGCUACCUCUGACGGUUUUGUUGUGUUGCACAGUUUCUGACAGUGGAAGAGGAUUAUGUUGCAGGAGGAAAUUCAAAAUGUAUCGCAACAAGUUAAGUUCAUUAAAGUUCUUAAUGUUAAAAAAUCAUGAGCCCACUUGAACACAAACAGGUUUUCAUACUGUAAUCAUUCCACCUGUUCACACCGGCCAUUAGGACAUCCCCUCCUGAUGUUAAUUUGCAGCAAAGAUGAUGCUGCAGCAGUUUGUGUUGGACAAAUCCACUGGUUCAAGGUCUUUUUGUUGAAUACAAAAAGUCACUUUGUUUUAAUAUGUCCACUGAAGCUCAGUAUGUAAACAACCCAGGGGAAAAAAAGUAUGACUUUCAAAGUUAUCAUUUGAUCUGUCCAACACUGGCUGACUAAGCCUCAUACAGCUGUCAGAUAAACAUAGUAGCACAGAAUAAUGACUGUGGAUUGUAUCUUCCAUCACUUGCACACAAAUGGAUAGGAUACGAGAACUGUAAACACAUUUUACAAACACCUACCUAGAAAUGUAUUAAAGAUUUUUAAUAAUUCAAAUAUAACUAGAAAUUUGAAAUCUGCCCAUCACAUAGCAAAAUGUAAAAUUAUUUAUUCCUGCGUUAAUUUUGAGCAUGUAGCUCUUUUUCAAAUGCACCCUGUAAAUUUUAUAUUUCAUUUCUUUCAAACAUUUUAUCAUAAAACUGGUGAACACUUGCCCCCAUGCUGCAACCUCUGCUGGAGAAAACCUGCUUAUGUAAAAAGUCAACUACUGUUUUAACAGUUGUUAAAGUGCUAUGUAAACCCUUUGAUUGAUUUACAUUGAUUAACAGGUGAAAAGUGAUCAAUCUGAAGCUGAACAACUUUCUUGGAAGCUUCAAUCUGUUCAUCCAAACACUGCAUGAGGAUGAGAAGAAUUAACUUUACAUGCUGGACAGCGCACAAUACCUCCUCACACUGGUUCUUCAAUGUAGAGGUUACUUUGAACUGAAGAUCGUUUGCUAUUUAUAAACACUUUGGCCUCUUUCUACAGGUAUUUAGGUACCAAUCAAUGUAUGUAAUGCACAUACAGGAUGCCACAUCAUGUCUGAUAUGUUAUUAGAAAUGUUUAUUUUGUCUUACAGAAAGUGUAUUUGAGCAGAUAUAAUAAAAUUGAUUUAUUUUU